AGAAAAAAAAAGCAAAAGCAAAUAGCCAAGGCAGUGGCAUCUCUGUGGAUGUGGAAUACGGGAGCUGCUGGGCUCGCGCAGAUUCCCGAGCCAAGUCGGGAGUUCCAGCUGCUCCAGCCUGGCUGUGGGGCCACAGGCACAGACCCAGAGCAGCUCCAGGCUCUCCUCUCGUCUGUCCCACCUCAGCAUCACCAUGGAGCCCAACAGCCCCAAGAAAAUACAGUUUGCUGUGCCCCUGUUCCAGAGCCAGAUAGAUCCCGAGGCAGCUGAGCAGAUCAGGAAAAGAAGACCAACACCAGCAUCACUCGUCAUCAUGAAUGAACACAUGCCCCCAGAAAAAGAUGAGAAGAGAACAAACAUCUCACAGGCAGAGUCGCAGAGCGCGUCUCCCAAGCAGAGGAAGCAGAGCGUCUUCACCCCACCUGCCCUCAAAGGGAUUAAGCACCUGAAGAGUCAGAGUGACUCGGUGUUCCCAGAGGAAGAGGAGGGAGUUGGCGAGCGGGAAGAGGAGUGGGGCCAUUAACCAGAGCUGGCCCGAGCCCGUCCCACAGUCCCUGAACUGGCCCUGGGCCCCUGUUCCCUGUGCCCUGGGGGGCUCUGCAGGCACUGCACACGUGUCCUGUGACCCUUCUUCACAGUUCUUUUAAAGUCUUUUUUUCUUUUAUUAUCUAUGCCUUAGAAAUGUAAUUUGCAAAUGUGUUAGCUCCCUGACUUCAGUACUGCCAGAGCUUAACUGCUGCGUGUGAGCUGUAUCUAAGGCUUGUUGUAAAUAAAAGUGAUUUAAAAGGUACAAAAUAAAUAAUACAUUAAUUUAGACAAGAUUGCCUAUUGUGCAGAGGGUUUGUCUUGCUACAGAAAAAUGUUCAUAUAAGAUGAUCCCUUUGGUUAAGGGCGGUUUUUACCAUUGUAGAGUUACCUGCAGUGAUGUGGAUGAAAAAAAGGCAAUGAAGUAAGCAGAGGUGACUCUGUCUAGAGAACAAUGCAAAGACUCUUCCCUGUGUUCCUGGAUGUGUGACAUCACGCUGCACAAACUCACCUCAUGUCUGAGUCCCAGCAUUUUAGCUGAAGUCAGGAUGGUUCAUACCAUCCUUUCCCUUUUUUAGACCAUGCAAAUUCUAUGGCAUAAAAUGGAAUAAGGUGGAGAAGGAAAACAAUGUUUCUUCAAAGUUACACUUAAUAGAUUAUUUUGAUUUUUCAAUCAAGGGCAGAUUUAAAAAUGAAUUCACUGUCAUUUGUAUUAACUGUUUGCCUUUGAUACAAAAGUUUUGGGCUCAGUUUAACUUUCCACUGCUGCAAGUCUCUUUUAAAGGGUUGAGCUAGCAAAAAGCAAAAAGCAAAAAAUAAAAACAAAAAAAACCAAACACGAGAAAGAAAAGAAAAUAAAAAAAGAGAUGAACUAUAGGAAAACACAGAGCCUUUUGUCUAUGCCUUGCAUGGUGAUUUCACUCUCAAUCUAAGGUCUUCCAGGAAGACCUGCUGAGAACAGGAUCUGUCAACUAGUGUUUCUUUAUAUUUGAGAGCCAUUUAUUCCCUCCAUCUGUAUCUCUGUAUCUGUCCCCUCUGGUUCCAUUUUCUGUAGAAACACUGCAGACAGGAUCCACGACUCCAGCUCAGCAAGGGUGUGCAAGAAGGACUAACGAAGGACUCUGCAAUUAUACAGAAGCUGCUACAGGACUUCCAGGACUGAGAGCUUUUCAUGCCCCCAACAACAAAAGGAAGGAAAUGACCCUUCAGAAGCUGUUUGAAUGGCCCAGGUCAGGUCUGGAAUGGCAGCAAGAAGUGCUGGGCUCUGCUCCCAGCUUGGCCAUGGCUUUGCUUCACACAGCACCAGGCUCUUCACAGAAUUGCUCAUUGCCACAGCACUCCUAAGCUGUGAAUCAGCCACUGGUGUUUAACCUCACACCAUCUCUCUGUGCUGCUAGCUAAUAAAGCACUCUGGAUAUUAAUGGCUUUUUGCUGGUUAUUAGUACCCACAG